CCUCGUGUUUACAAAUAAGAAUUUCACUAAUCGUAUUGUCACUUUAGAUCAACCUACGAUCGACAAACAUUGUGAUAGCUUUUUAACGUUUAGUGAUCUUAUUUGUGACAUGAUGAGCAAACAAGCCAAAACAAUACGUGGAUCCGCCAAAGUUUCAUGUGAUACGGAUCCUAUAAGUACAACUGGAAUGGCAUCAACUAGUCAAGAAACAAAAGAAAAAAAUGAAGGUCAUUUAGAUUUGUAUCGAAUAAGUGAUAAAACAAAAGAAAUACUUUGUUCUCGAAACAUUUCAAGUUUAUUUCCGAUUCAACAAAAAACGUUUAAUGCUAUUUAUGAUGGGAAACAUGUAAUAGGUCGAGCAAGGACUGGAACGGGAAAAACAUUAGCAUAUGCUCUUCCAACAAUUGAAUCUUUAAGUUUUUUUAAUCGGUUUUCUAAAAAGGGAUGCCGAGUUUUAACUUUAGUACCGACGCGAGAGUUAGCUCAACAGGUCACUUCCGAAUUCGUUAUUUUAAGCCGAUCUAACACAUUAUUUCAGUCUGUAUCUCUUGUGGGGGGCGUAUCUGAAGAACCACAAGUAAGAGCAUUAAAUCAAGGUGCACAAGUUGUUGUUGGAACUCCAGGCCGUAUUUUAGACUUAUUAGGUCGUAAUUUAUUGGAUUUAAAAAAACUUCGAGUUUUUAUAUUAGAUGAAGCUGAUCAAAUGCUUGAAAUGGGAUUUAAAGAAGAUGUUGACAACGUUUUGCAAAAUAUAGCAACAUGUAAAAAGUCUAAAGAUAAAAAUCUUAAGGUUCAAAUCCUUUUAUUUACAGCCACGUUACCAGCAUGGGUAAUUGGUAUCGCUAAUACAUAUAUGAAUGAGGGGGAGAAAAUUACAGUGGAUGUUGUAGAAAAUGAACAAGUAUCAACUGCUAAGGGGAUACGUCAUUUAACAAUUGUUUGUGGAUUUCAUCAACGUUCAAUGGUAUUGGAUAAUGUUAUAACAUACUAUGCUGGAUCUUCAGGCCGAUGUAUUGUGUUUGUUGAAACAAAAGCAAACGCUAACGAUAUUUCAAUGAACUCUGGUAUAAGUCAUUUUUGUCAAGUUCUUCACGGAGAUAUUCCACAAAAACAAAGAGAAAGUACUUUAAAAGCAUUUAAAGAUGGGAAAUUUCGUUGUCUUGUGGCAACCGACGUAGCAGCUCGAGGACUGCAUGUUGAUAAUAUUGAAUUAGUAAUUCAAUUAGAACCUCCAAAAGAUGUUGACACCUUUAUUCAUAGAUCAGGACGAACUGGUCGAGCAGGUGCUAAAGGGGUCAAUAUUGUUUUUAUUAAUCCAAUGAAUGCACCUUUUAUAAAAACGAUUGAAGCAGCCACGGGUAUAAAAUUCUCACGCGUUGGUGUACCUCAAAUGGAACAACUUUUAUCCUCAAAAGCUCAUGAAAUUGUUGAGCAAGUUUUUCAAAGAAAACCUUGUGAGGAUGAUUUAAACCGUUGCAAAGACGCGGCUAAAGAACUACUAUCACAAACGACACCCGAAAAAGCCGUGUGCUUACUUCUUUUACAGUUAGCUGGUUUCAUGGAGAAAUCAUCAGAAACGAAAGUGGUUUACUCUAUUUUGAGUGGUAAUGAAGGUUAUCGCACGUAUCAUAUCGCUUUUCUAUCAAAUACAAAAAUUAAAUCAAAAAAUUAUAUAUGGCAAGUUUUAAAAAACGGUAUUGCAGUGGAUCAAAAUACGCUCAAUAAUUUUCAAUCCAUGACACUAACGUCUGACGAAUGUGGAGCUCUUUUUGAUGUUCCGUGUGACAAGGUUGAAUAUUUUGAGGAUUGCCUCUCGACGGCUAUGCAAUUGCCCAAAAAUAAUGAAAGCUUUACGGUGAAUGUUGCAACGGAGUUACCUGAAUUAAAUGAUGCUCGAUUCAUUGUAAAUACACCAGCAUCUUCAAAUCAUAAAAAUCCAUUUGCAAGAGGUAGCAAACGGCAACGAGAAAAUAAUAAUUUUAGCAGUAAUUUUAAAAAAUCUAAAUGGCAGCGAUAAAUUUUUUUUUCUAUUUACUAAUUCCGUUAAUUCAAAUAAAUUUUUUAUAUAAAGCUGUUAAAACACAAAAUGACGCUACUUGACAAACA